UUGUUGUCAAUGUCACCUUUCUGGAUGCCGAUACGUCUUUAAUAACAUCCACUCUUGUCCAAAUGCAAACUGAGAUGAUUCAGCAAGCGCAAGCCUACUUUAUUGCUGCGAACAUCCUUCGAGAUGACUUUGACACCGCAUUUGAUGACGAUCUCAGCACAGAAUGAGGCUCAGGAAGAAGAUUUUGGUGGGCUGGGAGAUCUUGACUUGUGAAUCCAGAUGCUGCAGACAUGCUUGGGUCUUUGGGAAUAGCACAGAAUAUGGCUGAGAGUAUGAGUAGAGUUCCCAAGGUUGCAAGACUUCUUUUCGUGCUGUCCACAGGCCCCAGAUAAGGGGAUCCAGUUUUAUUUCAGAAUGGAUCGAGAAAUGUUCAACCGUUUUGUCUAUAUCCUCGUGCCUAACCUGCUCUUUCAAUCCACCGGACGGAAACCCCAGCAAGAUGUUAAAUAUCAACUAGCAGUCUUCUUGUUUCGCUACGGGACUCUUGGAUCUGACGCAAUCGGAACAGCAAUACACUUAUUACUUGGAGUUAGGACUGUCUUCUUAUAUUGUCGCCGGGUGACUCGUGCACCGAGGGAGUUGCGUGCGUCGCAGCUUCCACAAAGACAGAUCAAAAGAAAUGGACAGUCACUGGACUGGGUCCAUGUCAGCCGAACUCUUCACGAUCUUCUGAGCACCACUAGAGGUCCAUUCACGCUCCUCUCUCCCAGCCAUCUUCACGACAUCUUUCAGUCGAUUCAACCACCUGCGGAAUACGCCGAUGAACUUUAUAGGCGAGGGCCGUUCAAAUCGUUGCGUCAGAGCUCAUUCCCAAAUCGAAACUAGUUCUAGAAAACGAUUUCAAACUCUAAGGACGCCAAAGCAGCCACCACUACUCAUCGACGCAUUCGUGUACGCACCGUAACCGUAUUGCAUGGCUAUAUAGCUUCCGAGUACAGUAUAUGUCCCGAAGCCAUGAGCCCUUCAGAACAUACCGUACAGUACAGCUGUUGACGGCCACACUUUGUGUAGCCGUACUUCCAGAGUUCGAAAUUCUCUUGUGAGCUCCAUCUCUUUAAUUGUAACUAAGGGUUACGGACCUUCGUAUCAUUCAAUGUCUAAGACUUUG